UUCGAAACCGCUAACGGUCAUACUUGUCGCUCUCUCGCCCGAUUCGUUUGUGCUCGUCACUCGAUCACUUCGGUCAGUCAGUCGCUUUUCGGCCCCCGAGCUAGUCGUGUCCGCAAUAACUAACAGUCUGCAUCUUUACCAUCGACAUGACGCGGGCAACGCUCAUUUUCACCUUGAUCGCUGUUCUCUUUUCCGCCUCGACGCUUGGAGAGGAGCCAUCGACGAGAAGCUCUAUUUUACCAUCGGUUCCCGAAUUCUUCCAAGGCAUCGAGGGCAACCUGACAAAAGUAACCUGGGAUCAUGCCGUCAACAGUCAGCAAGCUCUAACGAACGCUCUCAAUUCAAGCGAUAUAAUGAUGCUCGAGGCAGAUGUCGUUUGGGGAACCUUGGAGUCAGAGCCCACGGUUCAACUUCCCGUGAUGGCGCAUCCACCAGCUAAUACGAGUGAUUUAUCCCUGGAAGAUUUCCUGAGUCAGGUUAUGGCGGACCAAAGUAAAGGAGCCAAGCUCGAUUUCAAGUCACUCGAAGCUUUCAGUGCUAGUUGCGAAAUCCUCCAGAAACUCAGGGAUAAUAUGACAUUUCCGGUCUGGCUGAACGCGGAUAUUCUCGACGGACCGGUGAACUCGUCUUUGAUCGGGGAGCCCGUGAACGCUACGCAAUUUUUAUCAUUGGCGGCCGAAACCCUUCCAAACGCCACGUUAUCGCUCGGAUGGAAGACGAGGUACGGCGCCGACUACAAUAUUAUCGACGGCAGUUACUCCGAAGCCAACGUAGAGGAGAUGAUAAAUACUAUCAAGAACGUUAGUCAGCCAAUAACUUACCCUAUGCGGGCCGGUCUUGUAGCGAAUAGCUGGGACGCGAUAGACAAAUUACUCAACGAAUCUGCCAGCGGGACGACGGUGACUAUUUGGUCAAGCGACAACGACACCGUCGAUGACGUAAAGCUUUCCGAAGUGAUUCAAAAGAUAGGCGUAUCAAAAGUCUACAUCGAUGUACCGGAGGAGCUUAUGAAUCGUUUGCAUCUCGAAUCUUCUACAAGUUCUCGAAUGAAGAUCUGUUUCGGCACCCUCUUAGCCGCACUCUUGUUUGCAAAGUUCUUCUGAACGUGCGGCAUAAAAUGCAAUGUAUAAUGGAGAUCAAGUUCGCAAUCGACGAAAGUAAUUUCAUGUCUCACGUUCUCAGGUUGCAGAAAAUCGAUUCGAGUCUGCAGGUUUGCACGAAAAGCAUUUUAUUGCAGAUCAACCGCGAUGUAUUUGAUGCGGUGAGAACUGCCGCUUUUGAGAAUAAGAUUUUGAUUCUGGUUGAAAAUAUUAUGCGAAGAAGCUUCUGAUAUAAAUUUCAGUUGUCAUACCAUUCAUCCCAUUUUACAUUAAUGAUUAAAUACAAGCGGACUACUCAUUCCUUUUACACUUCUUACUCUAUUGCGAAAGAAUGAUAAAUUUCGGCAAUCAAUUACUUUAAACACUCAAUCAAAUCUUACUGUGAAUUCCGAAAAUGUGUAAUAAGUGUCGAAGCAAUUAACUGGUAUAAAGAGUAUCAGGAUUCGCGAUAUCGCGAUAUUUUGUAUGUCGAAUUUAUUUAUUUAUUUACGUUACUGUCCGGCCACAUAUAAAGAUACAUUGCAUUCACAAAAUUUGAGUAGAAAAAGAGAACGAGCAAAAGAAACUUCGUGUUUGUCGUCAGAUCGAAAUCACCGACUGUUAUUAGAAUUUUGGUCGUUUUAUUAACUGAUAAAUUUGUAUGGUAUUUCAAUUUGUUAUAAAAGUCUUGCGCAUCGUUCGGCAAACUUCACCCGAUUUUUCAAUACGUUCUUUACUCAAUAUCAUCUUUAUUCAAUAUCAUGAAUUUCGAGUGCAUCGUAAUAUCGUAAUUGUGGUUAUACAACACAUAUACAUUCUAUUACAAUACGCAAAUAUAAAACCAAGACAAGAAAUACAUGUUAUACCUACAUACAUGAUCUAAUUUUAGUAAAUAUUGUAUGUUAUCUACACACAAAAGUGCUUUGUUGACGUGCUUGUCACACGUGUGAUGUACAUUUACUAUAUACUUAUAAGUUAUGCAUAGGAAUAUGUGUAAGAUCGAUAGCAUAAGCGUGUAGUGCUAUAAAAACUAUUUUAUACCCUGUAAUUAUGAAACUAGAAUAAUCACCAAAGAUUCUUUCCUCUAAGAAGUGUCUGCUGAUAUAGACGACACUUUUUCACGGUAAUUGUCAAUAUAUUUUCACCCCUUGACGGACAUAAAGCAUCGAAAUUCGCACUA